GUGUUCUUUCAUCUGAUUCCUCCAACAUUACAUAGACUGCUCCCUCAAAUUUCUCAUGUGUUGUCUCUCAGUGGGGGCUGCUUUUGCCACUUCUCAAAUUCUCCCCACUGUGGACUGUAACUCCUCAGCUCCUAUCUCCUCUCUGCUUGCAUCUCUAUCUUCUUAUAUCCACCAUUCCUCAAUCGAUAUGAAACAACCCACUAUCACCAUAACUCUCUCAUUUUUUAAUCAUAAGUGCUUUCGAAGGUUCGUCCUCUAAAUCCCACAUGUUUCAUCAUAAUAUACCAAUCUUCUUGCUUCUCAAAAUUAUUUGUGCAAUCUCUGUAGUAUCAUCCUUUCUGCUCUUGGAUCAUUAGUAUUAUUACUUGUUCCAUGAAAAAGGCUGAUCACAUGGCCAUUCCCUAUCUGUUCAGAUGCCCAAUUAGUCUAGACUUGUUCAAAGAUCCUGUAACUUUAUGCACAGGCCAAACGUAUGACAGAUCAAGCAUAGAGAAAUGGCUGGCUGCAGGCAAUCUCACAUGCCCUGUCACAAUGCAGAAGCUCCAUGAUCCAUCCAUUGUUCCUAAUCACACUCUUCGCCACUUGAUUGAUCAGUGGCUUCAAUUGGGUCACCAAUUUGAUCCAAAUUACUUGGCAACGAUUGAUUCUUUAGCUGCACUCAAACACAGCCUUGAAUGUCAUCAAGCAACCUUACAAGACAAGCUUCAAACACUCCAAAAGAUUCGAGCAUUAUCUGAAGAAUCGCCGUCAACCAAUUCUUGUUUGCUCCAAUUGGGCUUCUUACCUCUACUUUUGGAACUAGCUUUUGGAAAAGUAAAAGCCAAAGUAGUCUCUCAAGAUCAUGUCAAGUUUGUUGACCAAGCACUUUCAUGUGCAAUAAAAAUGCUGCCUUUGGGUGAACUGGCACCUCUGAAUAUGCUAAAAGAAGAGUCUAAAUUAGCCUCAUUCCUAGAUUUAUUUCAGCACGGCACUUUCAUGGUCAAGAUAAGCUUGUGUCAUCUUAUAGAGGCACUACCAUCAUCCACAGAGACAAAGGAGCUUUGUGAUAUUCUUGGAAAAACCACCCAACUCUUGCAUGAAGCUGUUCUUCUUGCUGCCAAUGGUUCUGAGGCUUCUGAGGCUGGAAUCAGAGCCUUGUCUGCAUUAUCUUCCAUGGAAUCUAAUCGAGAGAAUUUGGUUCAAGAAGGCGCUGUAGAUGGACUCGUGGCAUACAUUUUAGGUGCUGAAAGACAUGAAAAAAGCUUGGCAGCAAUGGCAAUGGAAACACUAGAGAAGCUCUUACAAGUAGAGAGUGCAAAAGAAGCUUUGGUGAAUAACCCAAAUGGAGUUAAUGCUAUUGUUAGAAUGGUUUUCAGGGUAUCAGAUCAUGAAGGCAGUGAGAGUGCUGUCAGCUUGCUUAUGAUCAUAUGUUAUGAUUCCUUAAGGGCAAGGGAAGAAGCCAUUGGUGCUGGAGUUUUGACUCAGUUGCUUUUGCUGCUGCAGAGCCAGUGUAAUGGUAGGACCAAAACAAAGGCUAGAAUGCUGCUCAAGCUGCUUAGAUCCAAGUGGGAUGAAGAUUCAAAGCAGGUGUAGAUUAUGUAAAAGUAUGUGGGGUCUUAUAUUUCUGUGCUGUGUUGGGUUUCCUGUAACUAAGCAUUAAUUUGUAUAGAGGAAUCAACUCAUGUUAUCUCAUCAGGUGUUUAAAGUUCAGAAACUUCAAAAGCAUUUCAUAAUAUGAUUAAUAAAUUGGCAGAUA